AAAGAGUGAGGCAUGGCUCUUUCUCAGGAACGACUGACCUCUGAGGAUGUGGCCAUCGAAUUCACUCAGGAGGAGUGGGAAUUCCUGGACCCUGCUCAGAGGGCCUUGUACAGGGACGUGAUGCUGGAGACCUACGGGAACCUGCUGUCUGUGGGUGAGGAUGACUUCCUUCCAGAGCUGCCCUUGGGUAUCUGUAUUUUCCCUGUGUGCCCCUUGGGAGGCCCUGAUGUCUUUCAUCUGAGAGUUCUGGUGACUGGGGCAUGACACAGCUUCAGAAGGUUAAACUGACCCUCUUCAGAUGCUGUGU